AUGGUCUUUGGUGGUAACAGGGACCUUGGAACUCCACAGAAUUGUGGCAAUAAAGAGGGCACCUGCAAGCAGGAUCACCACUUCAGACUGUGGUCGAGGUUAUCAAAAUUGAGAGAGUACAGGUUUUUAAGAUUAUCAAAAUUGAGAGUACAGGAUUUUAAGGCAAAUCAACUUGAUACCGGAAGUCAAGUUGGUGCAGAACAUUUACAAAAUAUCAGAGUCUGCACAGAAGAAACGAAGUAAACCAUCGCUGUAAAAUUCUUUAGUAACAUGGAGAGUUCCGAAGAGAUUGCUAAGGAAGUCGUCAUUGGGAAGGAUGGGCCUUCUACACAGCCAUUAUUGCUCCCGGAGGAAAUUGAGAAAGAGAACCAAAGGCUCCAAGGACACAGUGCUUGUGCCCCUUGCUCUGUGUGUCCAGAUGCUGCUCAGAGCAGAAGUGCAGGUGUUGGGGGCAGCACAAAUGACCUCACAGGAGAUUCCACUUCCAAGAACACACAGAGUCACACAGAGCAAAAUAUGGAAGAAAAUGUUUCCCAGUUUCCAUUUACAGACUCUAAACCAUAUACCUCAAACGCGGAACAGAAACAUGAAAUGUGGGGCUCAGACGAGGACAGUGGUGAUACGGAACUUGAGAACGAAGGCUUCUCACUGACUUUUGCCUCUUCCAGUCCUAAAGACAGCUUCCUUUCAACGGGAGAGACAGACGACCAGACAGGCCCAGCUUUUCCCGACAGUGUCUUGCGACAGCAAGCUGAACCCUCACUUCCCAGUAAUGUGCAAGCUGCCUGUGAGAAACCUUCUGGCCAACACAGCUCCACUCAGCCUAAGCCACAUUAUUCCCAGCAUUCUCCACCGCUGCCAAUGCCCCAGUUCUUACCUUCAGAUUCUGAUGCAGGAUUCACAGGAGCCUCUGAUCAUAGUGAUUCUGUCGUUACGGGGGUUCAGAGAUUUAGAGCGAUGCUGAAAUUACCAUACAAGCUGGAAUUAAAAAAUGAACCCGGCAGAACAGAUUUAAAGCAUAUUAUUAUAGAUGGAUGUAAUGUCGCAUUUAACCAUGGUCUGAAAAAGUUCCUUAGUUGCCGUGGAAUAGCAAUUGCCGUUGAAUAUUUUUGGGAGCUUGGCCAUAGAGACAUCACUGUGUUUGUGCCGCAGUCGUUAACAUGGCCCAGUCCUGUUGCCACAGAACAGCACUUCUUGACCCAGCUCCAGGAGAUUGGAAUAGUAUGUUUAACUCCUUCCAGGACAGUCUUUGGAGAACGAAUUUAUUCUCGUGUUGACAGGUUCUUACUACACUUAGCAGAGAAGACUGGGGGUGUCAUUGUAAGCAAUGAUAACUUCAGAGAGUUUGUGAAUGAGUCAGUGUCCUGGGGAGAAAUUGUUGCCAAAAGAUUGCUUCAGUACACGUUCGUGGGGAACAUAUUUAUGGUUCCCGACGACCCUCUGGGAAGAAACGGGCUUCGGAUAAAAGAAUUCCUUAGAAAGGAGGGCUUUCGAGACAUGCAGCCUCUACUCAGGGCCCUGCCAAAUGUGAACAUGUUCGCCCGGAAUCAAAACACCCAAAUAGCCAUCGCCAGGUACCAGCCUACAUAUCAAAACCAGGGAACCUCUUUACGCCCUUGGCUUCCUCAGCAGCCCCGCUUCACAACCCUGACCACCGUUCCUGGUAUACAUCAGAACCAUCUCAUGCCAGAACAGAGAUCUUCUGCAGAGACCAGUGAGCUGAGGGAGACCCUGCUGAAGAUUUUCCCUGACUCUGAGCAAAAUCUGAAGACUUACGAGAUCCUGGCAGCUCAGCCAUACCUGAAGGACCUGAUCGUGCUUUCUGACCUGGUGUUGAACUAAGGCUGGGCUGAGAGCCCAAGGCUGAUGCGGAGUUGCCAACUGCUGACAACCGUAGUGGGAAGAAGCCUUCCAGAGUGAACGGGGCUGCUCUGGAUUUCCUAAGAAAAGGAAGAGAUGUGUUUUAUUUUUACACAAAUCUGGAGUUUCGAAGCCAUCUUUAUUUCUAUGUAUAAAAUUUGCUGCUAAUACAGAUUUAACCUUUUGUGUAAAAGGAAAGCACAUUUUCUGCCUUUUCAGAACUGUGUAUUAGCUGUUCCUCUUGAGUGUACUUUCAACUUUGUUUUUAAAACUUUCCUUAGAGCUGAAGUAAAUUGAUAAGUGAAUAAAUUUUGUCUUUUCUAAAUGAAAUCAAAUAAACAGUGUGUCACCACUCAACUUUGUGCUCUCCCUAAAAACAAUAUGGGUCAUAGAGGGUUCUGCUCCAUAUUGCCAUUCAAAAGCCCAGAUUCACAGGUUAUCAUUGCUUAUCAUACAAAAUGUAAGAGCCAAAACUAGAA